CCCGGGUAUUGAAGAUAUAAGCGAGGCCAAUCGAGUAUACAAAUCCAACCAUGUCGACGACCCAGACCGUAACUUUUGUCACCCCGAAAGCUCCGGCGCCGCCCGGCCAGCCUGAUAUUGAGUAUGCCCCGGACUAUGACAAGUGGCAAGCCCGUGCCGCUCGGCGCUUGGCAGCCGGUAACUUGCCCACCAGCGUUCCGGAUGGCUUUCCGGAGCAGUUAACCGGAAAUAUGGUUUGGGAAGGCCAGACCAUCGCUGAGACUUAUGAUUGGACCUAUGUCCUCAGUGACGACCAGUUGGCCGAAAUUGACCGCGCCGUAGAGCAUUUCAAGGCUCUUGGAAUUUCUUUUGGCCACAUUACGCCCGAGACAUUCCCACUCCCCAAGCUUCACUCGCAGUUACGCCGUCUGUCUGACGAGCUGCACAAUGGCCAUGGCUUCUUUGUAAUCCGGGGCUUGCGCGUCGAUGAGCACUCACGCGAAGACAACAUCAUUAUUUACGCCGGCCUUUCCGCGCACAUUGCUCCUCAGCGCGGCCGACAGGACCAUAAGUUCGAUGGAAAGCCCGCCGAUGUUGUUUUGACCCAUAUCAAGAAUUUGACCGCGACGAAACUCAAUAAAAUCAUCGGAAGUCCCGCUUAUACGACGGACAAGCAGGUCUUCCACACAGACUCGGGAGACAUCGUCUCACUUUUCGCCCUUGAGACGGCUAGUUCCGGUGGUGCUAGUAGGCUGGCGAGCACGUGGAGGGUAUAUAAUGAGAUUGCGCGGACCCGGCCUGAUCUGAUCCAUACCUUGUCUCAACCUUGGGAUAUGGAGAACUUCGAAAAGGCAGACAAGCAAUGGACGGAAAGGCCGCUGCUCUACAACUUCCCCGCCACGGAGUCCACACCGCACCGAGUGGCCUUGCAAUAUGGUCGUCGAUACUUCGUCGGAUUUGGAGCUCUUCCUCGCAGUCAUAACAUCCCUCCUAUCACCGAGGCUCAGGCCGAAGCUUUGGAUACUCUGCACUUUCUCGGUGACAAGUUCUCUCUGAAUACCAAUUUCCAGAAGGGCGACAUCCAAUACGUCAACAACCUCGCCCUCUUUCAUGCCAGGGACGGAUUUACCGACACCGAGGAACAUCAACGUCAUCUCAUGCGCUUCUGGCUGCGAGAUCCAGAGAAUGCAUGGCAGACCCCGGAAGUGUUAAAGUAUCGAUGGGAUCAGCUUUACGAGGGUGUGACGCCUGAGGCCUCCGUCUUUCCGUUGGAACCAUUUAUCAGAAGUGCCGGCAAUAAAGGAAGGUGAUCAGGUCCUAGUUGUCUCCAAUUUUGUGCUUGUAGAGCGCCUAGUUGCGAGGGGGAAAAGGACAGAUUGUCUAAAUAAACGACCCCUACAAAAGAACCGCCGUAUGGUACACUGUAUGUACCGCUCGAUGCGAGCGAGAACGGCUCUUUUUUAACCUUACAUACGGUCAGAAGCCUAAC